CCCGCUUCCUUUUCCACAGUUUAAACUGGCAGUUGUUAUUGUUGUGGAGGUCUGGGAUUGAAGUUUUUGCAGAUGGAUUUUCCCGAUCCUUCGUGUUAUUCAGGCAAAUAAGACAACUAUACGCCAUUUUACAUGUAGCACUUCUUACCACACGUUGCAGUGUCGUGUUCAUUUAGUAAAACGGGUGUAAAGUCUACCGAGAUGUCUCUGCCACCGGAGAAAGCAUCUGAACUAAAGCAGAUCAUACACAACCAUCUGAUCAAGAUGAACAUCCAUAGGAAGAUCAGGGAUGUGUUGGCGGAGACCGUGAGAGAGGAUCUGGACCCUGGACAUAGCUCUCUGUCUGAGGAGGACUUCCUCCGGGCUCUGCAACGCAGGGGAAUCGUAGACGAUGUCAUGAAGGAUCUUCAUUUCUCCAAGGAAGUGCCUGACACUGAGUUAGGACUCCAGAACACACCGAAGCCUGCAACUCACUUUAUUGACAAGGACCCGACGAAGCUCAAGAAAACCAACAUGGACCCAGCGAGGAGGUACCUGUACCUCCAGGUCCUGGGGGGUAAGGCCUUUCUAGAGCACCUCCAGGAGCCAGAGCCUCUACCUGGUCAGGUCUGCUCCACCUUCACCCUCUACCUGCACUUCAGGAACCAGCGCUUCCGCUCCAAGCCUGUCCCCUGUGCCUGUGAGCCAGACCUGCAGGAGGGCUUCCUGCUGGAGAUACACAGAGAGGGACUGGGCGAUGGCAGUAAGAUGGCAGAUGCCACCACGAUGUUGUCUAUCUGUGACCCGGUCCACCUGGUGUUGAUAAAGAGAGACGCGUCCAGCGAGACCACCCUGGUCUCCUCUUACUUCCUGGACUGGAGGACCGUCCUCUCCUCUCCCUCUGGGAAGACCAGCAUUGCCGUAGAGCUGCUUGGAGUCGGUAGUGAAUGUAAGGUGACGGCCGGUGUACUCAACAUGAGUCUUGACCUUUACCCUCCUCUGUCAGAGAUCCUGUCACCUGACAUCAUCACCACACAGCAGUCCCUGGAGCGGCAGAAGACGGCGGAGAAGGAGAGGCUGUUUCUGGUUUAUGCCAAACAGUGGUGGAGAGAGUUUCUAGAGAUCAGACCUGCCAACCAAUCCAAACUGGUCAAGAUCUUUGCUCAGGAUGAGAAUGGCGUCAACAGGCCGGUGUGUUCCUACGUGCGUGUCCUGCGUGCUGGUCGUCUCCUGGAGAGUCCCCGUCAGGCGGCCCGCUUCGUUAGCCUGCUGGGCCUGGAGAAAGCCCCUGUGGUCGGGGGAGGAGGAGGUGGCAAACAGGAGCAGUGGUGCUCCCUUCUCGCCUUCCUCUGUAGAAACAAGGGCGACUGUGAGGACCAUGCCACCCUGCUGUGCAGUCUGCUGCUGGGGUUCGGCCUGGAUGCCUACGUGUGUGUUGGCACUAAGCCCAAGAGCCUGGCACACACCUGGGUGAUGACCAGGGGCACUGACAGCACCAUCACCUUCUGGGAGAGCCUGACCGCACACAGGUACCUCCACCAGGCCAUUGACCCAGACGCCCCUCCCCUGGCCCCCCAGCCCCGCCCCUCCUAUCCCUACAGGACCAUCGGCUGUGUGUUCAACCACAGGUCCUUCCUGGCCAACUGCCAGCCUUCGGACGCCGUGGAACUCUGCUCGUUCGCCUUCCACAACCAGUCCCAGUGGAAGGCUAUGAGUGAGGAGGCUGUUGGCUCAGUCUGCUCCCCGGGCAGCACCACCUCUCUGCCCCCUCUACCUCCUCUCUGUGGCCCCUCCCUGGAGCCCAGCGCUGCCUCCAACCAGCUGGAACUGGAGCUGAGGUACCUGGUGGUGGAACACAGGAAGGACCUUGGCCUGGCCACAGUGUGGGAUGACCACCUGUCCUACGUCCUGUCCUCCGCCCUGGCGGCGUACGAGCUGGAGCGCUGCACGGGGACUUCCUGUGGUAACGAGGAGUUUCAGGAUGCUGUGCGGAGGGCGGUGCCGGACGGACACACCUUCAAAGGUUUCCCUAUCCACUUCCUGCACCACAACGCACGGCGAGCCUUCGCUACCUGCCUCAGGUCUCCGUUCUGUGACGAGAUAGUGUGUUGCCGUGGGGACCACGUGAGGCUGGCGGUGCGUGUCCGGGUGUUUGCGUACCCCGAGUCUGCCUGUGCCGUCUGGGUGAUGUUCGCCUGCAAGUAUCGUUCUGUACUCUGACCCCUGACCUCACGCCCUCACCGUUGGAGGAACAUCAAGUUAACAGUGGGGUUAACUGGUCUAGUGGGUUAACUGGUCUAGGAACAGUGGGCUAACUGGUCUAGGAACAGUGGGUUAACUGGUCUAGGAACAGUGGGUUAACUGGUCUAGGAACAGUGGGUUAACU